AUGUCAUUGAUCCACGCACUCGUAGCUAGGGGGACAAUCGUACUGGCUGAACAUGCUAACGGGACAGCGGAACUGAAACCUGCCGCCCAGACUACGAUCUUGUCGAAGAUACCGCCAAACAACUCUAAAUUGACCUACGUUUGGCAAGAUCGAUUGAUCCAUUAUGUAUCUUCCAACGGAGUGAUCUACCUGGUGAUGGCUGAUGAUUCAGUAGGGAGGAGAAUGCCUUUUGCGUUUUUGGCUGAGGUAGAAAGAAGGUUCACCGCUUCAUACUCCUCCGACGAGAUCGUGUCAGCCUCGUCGCAUUCCUUGGGUGAUUUCGAGAACGAAUUGGCUAAAUUGAUGCAUCAAUAUACGACUUCACCUCCUGCCGAUCCUCUUAGACAAGCUCAAAGCGAUUUAAAUAAUGUCAAAGACAUCAUGGUUCAGAAUAUCGAUUCGAUCCUCCAGCGAGGCGAGCGUCUAGAUCUUUUGGUAGAUAAGACGGACACCCUCGCUGGACAGGCAUACGCAUUUAGGAGAGGAGCAAGGAACGUAAGGCGACAACAGUGGUGGAAGAAUGUCAGGAUCACAGCUUUGACUGGAUUCGUAUUCGUUCUCAUUCUAUAUGUGUUUAUCGCUCAGUUCUGUGGUGCUUCUUUGACUCAUUGUAGAAGUUAG